GCAGGAUCAGAUUGGAGAUAAUUGGAAAUAAAAGCUGCAGAAAAGUAGUGUGAAAGCUAUGCCACUGUUGCCAAGAAUCUCACCCACCAGCUUUACUCCUACAGACCUGGAAAAGAGAAGAAAGUGUGAAGAACGUGUUUUCUCCUACCAACUCAUCUUCAUCAUACCUCUCUCCUAUUCUGCUUCCUCCUUAUAAUCUCCAAGUGAAGAUGAGUAGCCUGUUGCGAAUAUGACAUCUCUGACUAGUGUCAUUGCCUCCCACCAGUCUGAGUGGGUGUCCUUCACUGAUGAACUCCUUCUCCCUGUUAACCCUCAAGGUAGCACUAAAGAGUCUCUGGAAAAAUGCUUUUCUUUCUCGGAUACUUCCUCAGAAGAGAACCACAAUGCCAAUGGAGAAUUUCCAGACUUCUCCCACACACAGCUGAAAGAUGCAGCUGACCAAUCCAAAGUGGAUUCUGCCAUGCUUGGGAACCAUGUGUGUCCCAGCACUGACCUGUCAUCAUCCAUCAGUACUUGGGUUCAGUUUGAAGAUGCACCAUGGAGCAGUGCUCCAUCGACCCAGCCACAAACAGUGUCUCCAUCAAAAGCACCCAGCUGGGCUUCCCCCUCCUCCAAUUCUUCUGAGAGGCAAGCCUAUACCUCUGAGAGCAGCUGGACAACUAAUUCUGAGGAUACAAACAGCCCAAGCAUUGCUCCCUCCUACACAGAUCUGCAGUCAAUUAAUACUGAGGAUUUGACCAGUGGUGGAACAUCUGCAGCAGAUUCAGCCGACAAUUCCUCAUCUCUCCAGGAAGAUGAAGAGAUAGAUAUGGAGGCUGUCAACUGGCAGCUAAACAACACUUCCACAAAUGGGCAUUCAUCUACCCAAAACACAGUUCGCUUUCCCAGCUGGGUGACUUUUGAUGACAAUGAAGUCUGUUUUUCACCACAGAACUUUUCUCCCUUGAAAACAGACACCCCACCUGCAGAAACACAGACUCCAGAUGUUAACUAUAACCUCACUACAUCCUUUAAGAAAAGAGAACGUCCUAAAAGCACAUUGGGAGAUCUCUCCAAAAUUCAAAAGCUAGACCUUUCCUCCUUAACAAAGUUGCCUUCUGUUGAAACACCACCAUGGAGUGCUACUAAUCCCUUCCUGGAUGAAUCUCUUCGAGAUGUCCAACCCUCACCCAUCAAUCCGUUCAGCUCAUUCUUCGAGGAGCGAGACAGACGUUCCAAAAGUUCCUCUGUCUCCAGUGCUCCAGGCAAAAGCCAAAGAGACUCUCUCAUUGUUCUUCAAGAGCCUGAUACCAUCAGUUUCCAUGAGGCAAACAAAAGUGUAACCCACACAGAUGCUGUAGAACAGCUCAAGCAACUUCAGAUUGGAGACCCAGAUCAUGUGAGCAGCCCCACCUUGCCUGAUGAUGAUCCUGCAAUGCCAUAUGAUCUGGAUGCAAGCCCGUUUAACCUGGCACCAGCUAAGCCAAAGGAUGGAUGGCCAAUGAUGCUCAGGAUCCCAGAGAAGAAGAAUAUUAUGUCAUCCAGACACUGGGGACCAAUAUAUGUAAAGCUGACUGACAGUGGAUGUAUACAGCUCUUUUAUGAGAAAGGACUGGAGAAGCCUUUUCGGGAAUUCAAACUUGAAAUCAAUCAUGAGAUUUCAGAGCGCAAGCUCCAGAACUAUGAUGAGAAUGGAAGGAUACACAGCGUGCGGCUAGACCGCACAACCUACAAGGAGAAAAAGAAGUACCAGCCUAAGCCAGCCAUUGCUCACACAGCAGAGAGAGAGCAAAUUAUUAAGCUGGGGACUACAGAUUAUGAAGACUUCCUUAGCUUCAUCAGUGCUGUGCAAGACACACUGAUGAGCCUGCCGGCCUCAUCGAUGGAUCUGAGCACAGUGGGAUUAAACUAUCAAGAGGAAGAAAUCACAGUUGAUGUCAGGGAUGAGUUUCAUGCCAUCUUGGCCAAAGGAGACAAUGCAAUUCUCCAGCACAGUGUGCUGACCCAUAUCUAUGUUCUCAGCUUCCUUUCUGGCCUGGCUGAAUGCAGACUGGGCCUCAACGAUAUCCUGAUCAAAGGGAACGAAAUAGUUGCAAGGCAGGAUAUUAUGCCCACUACUACCACUAAGUGGAUUAAAUUAUACAGCUGUCGGUUCCAUUCGUGUGUAGAUGAGGAUGUGUUUAAUAACUCCCGUAUUAUCCUCUUCAACCCCUUGGAUGCCUGCCGGUUCGAGCUGAUGCGAUUCAGAACUGUCUUUGCUGAGAAAAGUUUGCCUUUUACUCUGAGGACAGCUGCUAGCAUUAAUGGUGCUGAAGUGGAGGUGCAGAGCUGGCUGAUGAUGUCCACUGGGUUCUCUUCCAACCGGGACCCUUUAACUCAGGUCCCUUGUGAAAACGUGAUGAUCCGUUACCCUGUGCCAAGUGAGUGGGUGAAGAACUUCCGCAGAGAGAGCGUCCUGGGGGAGAAGUCUUUGAAAGCCAAGGUGAACAAGGGGGCCACUUUUGGAUCAACCAGUCUGUCUGGUUCUGAGCCAGUAAUGAGAGUAACCUUGGGAACUGCCAAAUAUGAGCACGCCUUUAAUUCCAUUGUAUGGAGGAUAAACCGACUGCCUGACAAAAACUCAGCUUCUGGCCACCCUCACUGCUUCUUCUGUCACUUAGAGCUUGGCUCUGACCGGGAAGUGCCUUCCAGCUUUGUCCGCUAUGUGGAUGUGGAAUUUGACAUGCCCACCACGUCUGCGUCCAAAACCAUUGUGAGGUCCAUCUCUGUUGAGGACAAGACCGAUGUGAGGAAGUGGGUCAACUAUUCAGCACACUACAGUUACAAGGUUGAGAUAGAGCAGAAAAAAAGCUUGAAUGAGGAUCUGAAGGGAGAACAUAAUGUAAACGAAUGUGCCACACACUGAAAGAAGAUCAGCCUGCAAGUUCUCAGAGGGGUGGUCAAAUUACAGACCUGGAAGAAAGGACUAGCCUGGUUUAGGUAUUUUUGAAAGUAUGGAGUUCUACUUUUAAAAUAAUGCUCUGAAGAGUAUUCUUUUUAACUUGUGAUGAUCUGUGCUUUGAGAAGAAGCUUGUCAGUGGUUUGUUUGGAGUGGAUCCACGGGCUUCUACUGGAACAAUCCCACUACAAUUGGAGUAUCACAGAAAAACUUGUAUCAGGCCUGCCUUUUCUGCCUCUUCACCAUUUAGGUUUUGCACUGAAGUAUGGUCUGGCCACUGUCACAGCCAAACCAGAAAGCAGCCUUUAUCUCACUCACAGUCUUGCCCUCCUACCUGAAGUUUUUUUGUUUUGUGUGUUGGGGUUUUUUUUGUGGGUUUUGUUUGGUUGGUUGGUUGUUUUUUUUUAAUGCCUUUUUGUUUGGUCAUUGGCAGAUUCACUUCCUUCUGAACUGCCAAACAAACCCAGCGAGCACUGAGUGACAAACUACAUAAAAAAAAUCAUUUGUGAAAUGGUCAACAAAGUGAAAACCCUGAGCAUCGUUGUGGAGAAUCAAAAAAAUCUACAUCUCAAACACAGAAAAUGGUCAAGCAGAUGAACUACAGAUACAGCAGCUUAUCAUAGAAUCAACCAGGUUGGAAGAGACCUCCAAGAUCCUCCAGUCCAACCUAGCACCCAGCCCUAGCCAGUCAACUAGACCAUGGCACCGAGUGCCUCAUCCAGUCUUUUCUUUAAGACCUCCAGGGACGGUGCCACCACCACCUCCCUGGGCAGCCCAUUCCAAUGCCAAUCACUCUCUCUGGGAAGAACUUCCUCCUAACAUCCAGGCUACACCUACCCUGGCACAACUUGAGACUGUGUCCCCUUGAUCUAUUGCUGGUUGCCUGGGAGAAGAGACCAACCCCCACCUGGCUACAAUGUCCCUUCAGGUAGUUGUAGACAGCAAUGAGGUCUGCCCUGAGCCUCCUCUUCUCCAGGCUGCACACCCCCAGUUCCCUCAGCCUCUCAUAGGGUUUGUGUUCCAGGCCCUUCACCACCUUUGUUGCCCUUCUCUGGACACGUUCCAGCACCUCAACAUCUCUCUUGAAUUGAGUUAUUAUUUAAUUAUCAUAUGGUUGUUUUUUUGUUCACCCCUUCCUGUCUCAUCCCUCGAAAACCAGCAUGUCAUUGUGCACAUUUUCUUGGGGUCUUCACAAGUUACAAGAAAGCCUUUACAAUUUGUUAACAUUUUUGUUAGUCUGAGUUGCUCUGCAUCUUGACUGAAUGUGAUUACGGCUGCUAGUGACAGGGAAUGUGUGUUUGAAUAGAGGUGAUACAGGAGGGACUUUGUUAAGAUUAGCUCAUUCCUGCCUUGAAAGACAUUUAAGGGAAAAACAUUUGGGUUUAGGCUUGGGGUUUUUUUAAUAUGUUUUCUUGGAUGGGUAAACUGAGUGGCUAUUGAAAAUGCCAGAACACAGUUACUUUAACAGACAAUGUUGUUUGUUGUUGGAAAUUCUGUCCAACACAAUAUUACCUGUAUGUUCUACCUGGAAGCUACAAUAUAAGCAACUUGUAUUUUUAUAAAACUCCCACUAACAGGGAACCCAAAAUCUAUUUGCAGAAAUUAUCAACAAGCUUCCAUCAUGCAAAUUUUAUUAUUUCCACUUAGCUGAAAGUAACAGCAAGUCUCAAAGCUUCUUUCUAAACAAAAAUGCAGAAAGCAAAAAGCACUCAUUUCAUACUUAUUUUCAGAGCAAGCAGUGUUCAGAGUACUCAGUUCUUAUAAUCGUUUCCAUGGCUUGUGUAAUACUUUGUCUCAACUUUAAAUGUAAAAAAAAUAAUUUAUUAAUUCAUAGAAUCAUAGAAUCAACCAGGUUGGAAGAGACCUCCAAGAUCAUCCAGUCCAACCUAUCCCCCAGCGCUAUCCAGUCAACUAGACCAUGGCACUAAGUGCCUCAGCCAGUCUUUUCUUGAACACCUCCAGGGACGGUGCCUCCACCACCUGAAAUCUUUUAUCUUUUGAAAGGUUACUGCUGACUUGAAAAAUACACAUUUGGAAAGCCUUGGUUUAGGGAACCUCUAAAUGCCUGUUUAUAUGCACCUCAAUUUCAUGACUACAUCAUAGAAUCAACCAGGUUGGAAGAGACCUCCAAGAUAAUCCAGUCCAACCUAGCACCCAGCCCUAUCCAAUCAACUAGACCAUGGCACUAAGUGCCUCAUCCACUGAUAAAUAUUUACACAGGUAUACUGCUGUAAAUGCAUAAAUCUCAGUCCUUCUAGGACUUCUUAAUAAGCACAUAAUAUUCUAUUGCAGAUACUCCUUGGAGCACACCAGUUAGUACUAAGCAUUUACAAUAUCUCUCUGUAAAAGGAGAAAAGUUAUUAACUUUUAGGAAGCAUUUUGAGAUCAGUGGAUUAAAAUUACUGAUAAAGGGCAAAGUACUAUUAUUUAUUAAAUGAAAACCUGUGUAGGUUGUGAAAUAUCUGAGAGCAUGGGGCUGAACUCAUGACUGAUUCUCAACUCAGUUACAGGCUGGCUGCUGGGAGUUGCAUGGCAACCUCUUCCUACAAAACUUUCUCUUCUUUUCAGAGGCACUCAAAGAGCUCCUGAGUGGUUUUCCUGUUUUUCCAGCUUCUAGCAUAGUUUUGAAAAGAACCAGGAAGAAAUCCAACAAAGCUAAGCUGAAGAGGUGCUGAGAUGUUGCUGAGGAAGUGUGAGAAUGUUUUGUGAAAAAAAAACAGUUGGGAGAUACCCUGCUCUGAUCUGCAGGUUCAGGGUCUGUGAAUUGUUGCCUAUUGCCUCCCAGCCCUUGAAAACACAAGUAAUGAGCAGGAAGCAAACUUAUGUCAUACUCCUUCAAGAGAAAAUCAAAGAAAUACUGAAUUCUUACACCAUUCAAUUUCUGCCACACUCCAGACACAGAAUAUUUCAUGCCCCCAGAACUGAAAGGUGAAUAUAUUGGAGGCUUCUGGAUUUAUUUAAUUUCUCUACCUCUUCCUCACUGAUUCUUUGUUUUAAUUUCAAAUUGAUGAAUGAAAGAAAGAGUACUGGCCUGACUCUAACCUUUCUUGCAUAGUUAGUUGUGCAACACACUUAACUUAUGCAGGCAAAACUGGAAAAGUGUUUUGGCUUAUAAUAAAGCUAUUUUAAUCCAUUCUGAUCUCUGGAGAAUCAUAGAAUCGUAGAAUCAACCAGGUUGGAAGAGACCUCCAAGAUCAUCCAGUCCAACCUAGCACCCAGCCCUAGCCAGUCAACUAGACCAUGGCACUAAGUGCCUCAUCCAGUCUUUGCUUGAAGACCUCCAGGGACGGUGCCUCCACCACCUCCCUGGGCAGCCCAUUCCAAUGGCAAAUCACUCUCUCUGUGAAGAACUUCCUUCUAACAUCCAGCCUAUACCUACCCUGGCACAACUUGAGACUGUGUCCCCUUGUUCUAUUGCUGGUUGACUGGGAGAAGAGGCCACCCCCCACCUGAUGUACCUGCCACUGAAUUUUCAACAGGUUAGGAUGAAAGCCUUGACCAGAGUUCCAAAAUAUAUCAGUUCCUAUAGAAACACUAAGAGUUUGCUGUUUCAAAAGAACACUAUCAACCAGAAUAUUUAGAAAGCCUAAUGUUAAUAUCACCAGGUGCUGCCAUGGCAUUCUUUUUUCCAGUCCAGCUCUGUUGCAAGGACCACGAUCCUUGGUGUGCUUUCGAGGCUUCCACUGUUCUCCCUUGAUGAAACAUUUUUUCAGUAUUAGAUACUGUCAUCUAUUGACUGUAAGUACCUGACCCAUGUACUCUUCAUCCAUAGAGGUACACUUCAGACACUCUGUCGAUGGGAGAGAGGAGGGAAGCGCUGAGAGGUUUGUCAGUUUUAGAGUAGUAGAGAUGAUUCAGCUCUAAGUUGUGCCUAUAGCAGGAGUAUUUUUUUUUAAUCUAGAGGGGAAAUCUCUGAAUAGUUUCAGUGUAAUGCUCCUUUUGAGGAAAAUACAAUUGCUGCCCUUCAGUUUAUUGGAAAGCUUUGUAGUACUCAAAACAAUUUGUGCAGGGAAUGUGCCUUCAAAGUAAGAAUACAUUUGCCGACUUUCCCACUUCCAGCCUUUUUUAUCAUGGUGGUUUUGUUUCAUUUCUGCACUGUGGUAAGGAUUGAGGGAAUUUUGCCUAGCAAAAGAAACAUUCUUUGAUCAGAAGGAGUAAAGUUGGACAGUUCUGGGCAGCUGAGCUUAUUUUAUUGAAUGUCUCCUACAUUUAUUAACUGUGGACACUGCUAGCAAAGAAAAAUGGGCAAGAAAAACUGUAACUGACAUUACUUUCUGCUUUUACUUUAUUUAGGCUCCAGUAAUCCUACAAGGGAGACAACUUUUAGGUUCUUUGUUGUAGCAGUAUCAGAAAGAACAUGGCAGAAUUAAUUUACCUCUUCUGUUGGAUUGCUGGCUGACAUAUAUACUUGACAGGACAUCCAAGACCUGUUGGUCAACCCACCUACAUGACUUAGUAGCUGCUGAGUCUCCCUCUUGAUCCCAGGACAGAGAGCAAUUUCUUGCAAAAUAGCAUGAAAACAAGAGGAAAAGUUCAUCCUGGAGAGGUACUUUGUUGCUUUCUGGAUAUUCUCAGUAAUUUCAUAGAAUCAUAGAAUGGUCUGGGUUGGAAAGGGCCUCCAAAGGCCAUAUAGCCCUACUGCCCUACCCCCUCUGCAUUAAGCAGGGACAUUCUCAACUAGAUCAGGUUGCCCAGAGUUUUGUGGAGCUUCCCCAUCAUGGCCCUUGAAUGCAUACAAACUAAUCAAGCCCUUGAUAGGUCAUUGCUGUUCCAGAGGGUUAAAAAUUCCUUCCAGUGAUCCUUAGCAGCUAAUUUAUAGCUGUAUUCAUUCCCAAAAACGGCCAGCACAAGAACUUGCUUAUGGAUGUAGUACUUACCUUCUUACCUACCACUAAAGUUAAAUCAAUAUGAUGAGUUGUCAGAGAUAGGAAAUGUUAUGUGGUAACAGGCAUAGCUGUUCCUAGCCUUCCUGUUUGGUUCACCCAUCCCCCCUUUCAUCCUCCCGAACAUCCAUCCUCCCAUCUGUCCUACCCUCCUUCCCUCUCUCUCUCUCUUAUAUACUUGCAAUUCAUUCUUUGCACUAUUGAUGUUGACUAGUUUGAUGGUUAUUUUGUAACAUGCUCCCUCCUUUGUAUUUUGUAAAAUAAGAAAGUCUAUACACUGGCUAACUUUGUAGAAAUUGUUUAUUGUUUGGUUGGGGUUUUUUUUCUUUUAUCAGUUGAAAUGGGAUGUCUACUUUUGUUUGAACUGGGGGAAGACUUAAAUAAAUGUAAAGAUGAAACAGCAUAUCCA